CAGGGAAGGACAGAGCAGACGCUUGUACUGGUGGAAUGCAAGCGAGGGGCAAAAUCAGCCCAAGUGAUUACUGAGGGAGGGUGAAUGUUGGUACAAGACACGGAAAUGGCUUCUAAAGAUAUCUCUGCUUCAUGUUUCGUCAGUGUAUCCAGAGACCUUACAGACAGUGUCAGGAAGUUAAUUGACAAGUCUGCUAUCAAGUUUGUUCGAGGGGUCAAGUUUGAAACCAAAAAUGGAAAGGCAGAGGACAGGAUACUGGUGCUUACUACAUGGAGACUCUACCUUAUGGCUGCAAAGGUGCCAACUAAGGUGGAGGCCACUUUUAACUUCUUGGAGAUCCGAGCCAUGAACACACAAUCAGAGGUGCAGGUUGUCAUAGAAACCGACAAGGCUACCUAUUCCCUCAGGCUGCAGACACGUGACCACCUUGAUCAUGUGAUCAACCACAUCAACUUCUCGCUCUCUCGAAUAUUCAACAACUCUGUGUUUGCACCUUCCCUCUGCCACUCAGACAGUGAAUUGUCCGACGGAAGCAAGAAGUAUUCCCCCAGCUCUGACACCUCAGUGGAGACGCAGAGAGCUUGUGGUGGUUUCUCAGAGACGUAUGCUGCACUCUGUGAUUACAAUGGCAUCAGCUGCAAAGAAGAAGUGCAGUGGGAUGUAGAUACUAUCUAUCAUUCUCAAGACAACCGUGAGUUCAACCUACUGGACUUCAGUCACCUGGAGAGCAGAGACCUCGCAGUAAUUGUUGCAUCCAUGGCCUAUAACACAUGGUUCACCAAGCUCUACUGCAAAGACCUGCGCAUCGGGUCAGAGGUCACCGAGCAGGUCUUGCACACGCUCAGUAAGUCGUCCAGUCUGGAAGAGAUCACACUGGAGAACACAGGACUCAAAUCUGACUUUCCUCAGAAGCUGUCAGUUGCACUAUCAGACAAUCCCGCAUCAGUAAUCCACUCUCUUAACCUGGCACAUAACACACUGGACAACCAAGGUGUGUGUAAUCUGAUACAGCAGGUGUGUCGGCUGAGUAAAGGCCUCCGUGUCCUUAAUCUGUCCAAAACUUCACUCUCUUCUAAAGGUGUGGUCUCUCUCUCUCAGGCUCUUUGCUCUAAUGAUGAUUACUCAAAUUCACUCCUUCAUCUGGAUCUAAGCAAGAAUCCUGGCAUACUCUCAGGAGAGGAUGCAACGCAUCUGCACAUGUUCCUGUCCCAGCCCAACUGCCUGGUGCAUUUGGACCUGUCAGCCACAGACUGCUGUGUAGGCUCUCUGUUUGGGGCUCUGCUCAGGGGAUGCUGUGCUGACCUCUCUUAUCUCAACCUCUCCAAAAACUCCUUUUCUCACAGGAAAGUGAAAGAGAGCCUGCCAUUGUUCCGCCAGUUCUUCAACUCGGCGUUCAGUCUCAUGCACGUCAGCCUGGCAUCCACAAAGCUUCCCCCAGAUGCGCUCAGGAAUCUGUUCUUAGGUCUGACCAACAACCCUCACAUCAAUGACAUGCACCUCGAUAUCAGUGGCUGUGAGCUGAGAUCAGCAGGUGCUGCUGUAAUACAGGAACUCUUUCCCCGUGUCACCUCUAUCGCCACGUUGGACAUCUCAGACAAUGGGUUUGAUGCAGAUCUGCUCAGUGUGUUGCCGGCUCUGUCCAGACAUCCCUCACUCAAGCACCUUCAUCUUGGCAAAAACUUUAAUGUCAAAAGCAGACUGUUGGAUGAUGUUCUGCAGAAGCUUGUCCAGCUCAUACAAGAAGAAGAGUGUGUACUGCAGUCUCUCUCCCUGGUGGACUCUCGGCUGCGCUCACGGGGCACGGUCCUGGUGAAUGCACUGGGCAGCAACGCUUGCCUCAGGAAGGUGGACCUCAGCGGAAACGGCCUGGACGACAUCGGUGCCAAGAUGCUCAGCAAAGCGUUGCAGAUCAACACCACACUGAGGAGUGUGACAUGGGACCGCAACAGCACCACAGCUACAGGACUGAUGGACGUGGCACGAGCCCUGGAACAUAAUUUCACUUUGCAGUAUAUGCCCAUCCCACUGAGUGAUGUCACGCAGGCAUACCGCAUAGCUCCAGAAAAGACGGAGCAGGCGCUCACCAAGAUUCAGCGUGCUUUGCUGAGGAACAACCAAACCCAGCGUUUCUCACAGAGACAAGCACUGCGUCUGCACCAAGGCCUGGUAACCAGCACUGCUGAACAGGUGAUGGAGCGCUUGUGUGUGCGGGUGCAGCAGCAGGUAUGUGUUCUACGUGGUGUGGCAGAGGUUGAGGACCUUCAAGCAGCAAAACAGGUUCUGAAGGAGGCCCGUAACUCUCGCGCGGUGAGUAGGGUGACAUUCUGA